AUGCGGUUGCCCUGUCGUUCGACCGCUGUCAUCUUCACUGCUGACACUGCUGGCAGGUAUGGUAUCGACGGUACAUGGUCCAAUUUUAUGUUUGUGAUAGGCUCGCCCGCCGAGAUUGUCUACCUCACGCCAUCGACGGCCUUGUCGGAAAUCUGGACGAUAUCUAGCGGUGGCUGUCAUCCGGUUCAAAUCUGCAUCAAUGCUCGGGGUGGUGUCUUCAACUCCUCGCUGUCGGAAUCAUGGCAGCCAUUGGGGGCUUGGAAGCUGGGCAUGAACCACACGGGAAUGGGGGGGAAUGGUGAUUAUGGGUUGGAAACCUUGGGGUUCGUCAACACGCUGACUUCGGUGUCGACGCUCCUCGAGAACACAUUGGUGGCCGCCAUCAACGACACGCAGUAUUACAGCGGCUUUAUUGGGCUUGGUGUCACGCCUGGGAAGUUCGGCUCCAAUGUCUCGACUCCUUUUAUCCCUCAGCUUGCCCAGGUGUAUGGCGCUAUUCCCAGUCAUAGUUAUGGGUACACCGCCGGCGCCUACUACCGAGAGAGUAAGUUGUCAUGUGCGGAAAAGAUAUCACCAACACGUACUAACACUAUUCAAGAUGGCAAGAAGGGCAGUGGCACAGUUGCCUCUCUGGUUCUGGGGGGGUACGAUAGGCUUCGAUUCGUCCCUCACGGCAACAACUUUGCCCUCGAUCCGAUCACGCGACUUCCUCUUGUUCGCCUGCGUGGUGUGACGGCGCAAAUCACAGACGAGGACAAGGCCCCGGCUGCUAAUUGGACAUCAACAAGUCGGACGUUGGUCAAUAUGGAUGAUUCCAUCGAGGCUUUCAUCGACUCUUCCACACCGUACCUGUGGCUGCCGACCGAAGUAUGCGACCGUUUUGCUGAUGCUCUCAAUCUAACAUGGAGGGAGGAUCUCGGGUUGUACACUUUUGCAGGCGGAGGGGAACAGUACACGCGCUUUCAAAACGACGAGUCUUUGUCCUUCACCUUCACCCUUUCGAGCUUUGACAACACCGACAACUUUGGGCAACCGUUUAAUGUUCCGGGCGUGGUCAACAUCACGAUUCCGUCGGCGGCGUUUGCGCAGUUAUUACGUUACCCUUUCAGAAACGUCAUUCAAUGGGGCGAAUCGAGCAUCCCGUAUUUCCCGCUGAAGCGUUCGACUACCGAGGUCAACAAUAAUACCUAUAUCAUUGGUCGGGCGUUUAUGCAGGAGGCAUACAUCAUUACUACUUACGAUAAGAGCAUGUUCUCGCUUCACCAGGCGUUGUUUCCCGAGGCGGCCUCGAGCAAUUACUCACUUGAAGCCAUCGCAAGGCCACCGGAUAGCCCGUACCCGGAAUUCACAAGCGCGCCUGUGCCGACUGGGACGAAUAACAGACUGGGGACUGGCCAGACAGUUGGUAUCGUGUUCAGCGCCUUCAUCACAGGAAGUAUUUUGGGGGGUCUGAUAUGGUUUUGCUGCCGUCGGAAAAAGUCAAAGCAAAACUCUCAAAAUUCCGAGACAGACGAGGACAAACGCGAGGCUCACGUCACAGAAGAGGAGGAGCCACAGAGUCCAGUCAAGAAGGUGUUUUCGUUGAUCAUCAGGAGGAAGAGAUCAAGGAAACCAGAAAUUCACGAAGUGCACAACAACAGCACCCAACCCGUCGAGGUUGGGGCAGACGGAGAAAACCAGGUGUACGAAAUGCCUGUACCGCCAGAACCGGUUGAGCUGGACAGCCAUGAUCUUGGGGAUGACGAGACCGACGUUGGGGUAGAUAGUGCCCAGGGAAUGAGCGAAUAUGAGCUCACUCAGCGGAAACUGGAAAGGCAGAUGAGGGGGCCGGUGCCGACUUAUACACCCACGUCAACAACGCACAUGACGAUACCGACGGGGGUGAUGCAGCAAGAAAAGUCCAUGCAGGACAUGAGCCGAGUUGCUCAUUACCGACCGCCAGAUACGCCCUCGCCGGCGUCGUCGCCGACGUAUGCGAAUAGCGACUCGUUUCCGAAUUCGUUGCCGUCACCGAUGACGCCGCAUGGGGACUGGGCGGGGAGGAUGUUUGAUUUGCCUUCUCCUAUGACGGUUGCUCCGCCGCCGUUGCAUUUAUAUCCCCCUUCCCAGCAACACCACCACCACCACAACAGGACUUCGGACCCUGCUGGCUCGAGUUAUUCACCUGUUUCCCCGACCUCGGCUCAGACGUUUGCCCCUUCGUCGGUGUCGAUGAGUCGGUCGGAUUCGAAUGAUGGGGUAUCGCCCACAUCGCUGACAUCGUCAGUGAGGUUACCGCCGCCGUCGUUUCAAAGAACACCGAUUAACAACUCCCAGAUUGUCUGUUUGGGACCGUUGCCGGAACAUAUCGAGCUGCCUACUCAACGUCCACCCCAACCACCGACGCCGACUACUAGAGUUUUUGACUCGAACGGGCAGCCGGUCGAUGGAGGGGUGUCGCCUGUGUCGCCGACUUCUCCUUUGCCGCUUCCGCCGGGGAGGUUAGGGGGAGGGCAUUAUCGCUCUGAGAAUAAUGGGAGUAGUGAGACGUUGGGGAGUAAUUUUACCGAGGAGGAGGCGGGGGAGAUGAUUUUGGGGAGGGGGGGGAAUACGAUACAACCAACACAAGGGGAGCAGCAGCAGAGAAGGAGAUUGGGACAGGUGCCUCAGAGGAUAAGUCUGUUGCAGCCGCAGCCGCCGCCGCCGCCGAGGGGAGGGAGAGGGGGGGAGCAAGAGGAGGAUGAUGACAAUGACAUGCCGAAUAGUCCGCAGAGCAUGGAGCGGAUAGAGGGACGGGAUGGGUUGAUUCAUGUGCCACAGGUGGCGGAUAAGAGGUAUAGUUGGGAGGAGGGGAGUGGGUGA